UGCUCUCCUAUAUCAUCCACAUCUCAACAAAUAUUCAUUCUCAGAACAAUUCAAAUUCAAUUUUUUCGAGAAAAAUCAAAGUUUCCUGAGAAAAUGUCAGGUCGUGGAAAGGGAGGCAAAGGAUUGGGCAAAGGAGGAGCCAAACGUCACAGGAAGGUUCUAAGAGACAACAUCCAAGGAAUCACUAAGCCGGCGAUUCGGAGAUUGGCUCGUAGAGGUGGCGUUAAGCGUAUUAGUGGUCUGAUCUACGAGGAGACACGUGGCGUACUCAAGAUCUUUUUGGAGAAUGUUAUUCGUGACGCCGUUACUUAUACUGAGCACGCUCGGAGAAAGACGGUGACUGCUAUGGAUGUCGUUUAUGCUCUUAAGAGACAAGGAAGAACUCUCUAUGGAUUCGGCGGCUAGGGUUUUUGAUUGUUGUUUUUGUGUUUUCUACGCUGCUUAGAAAUGUUAAUUUUCAGAAUUUGGUCUUAACACCGAAAAAAUUAAAAAAAAAUGAAGGAUGUUGUUGCAAUUUCGUCAUUGUAGUCUUGAUUGUGUGAUUCGCUUUCAGUAAUUUUACAGUUUCUCUAUGCUUGUUUA